UGACUUGUGGGUUAGACCUGGUGUGAGGAUGCUAAAGGUGAUUCCGUGUGUGUGUGUGUGUGUGUGUGUGUGUAUGUGUGAGGGGCGGGGGAGAGACGGAGACUGACUAGGCCUGUGAGCCUCGAGAAACAGGUGCGAGCGAGCAAGAGAGAGAGACAGAGAAAGAGAGACAGAAAAACAGAGAGAGAAAGACAGACACAGAGACAGAGAGAGGGACUGACUAGGCCUGUGGGCCUCAAGAAACAGGUGCGUGUGCCAACUGCGUGAUCUGUGGCGUGUGAAAAGGAUGUGGGAUGUGGGAGCACACAGUCCUGAGCAUCUCAGUUGCACCUGUGAACGAGUGUGACAGACUGAUGGGGUUGUUUAUCAUAGUCUGGGAGACAAUCUCUAUUGUCGCUGGCUGUGUGUGUGUGAGAGAGUGUAUCUGUGUGUUUGUGAAUGUGUGUGUGUGUGUGUGUGUGUGAGAGAGAGAGAGAGAGAGAGAGAGAGAGAGAGAAAGCUGUUUAUCAUAGUCCAGAGAUACUGUGUGCCACCAGAUGUCUGUGGCUUUGUUGAGUGUGUGCCAGUGUGUGAUUGAUUCUGCCUUAUCUCAUUUGUUACUGUGGCAACGGUCUCCUCUAGAGCAGGAGCUGUGAUGGCUACUCUGGGAAACUGACCCUGUUAAGGAUGAGACUUUUCCUUCUGUACAACAGGAUAAAUAGUGCCCAUCAGAGUGUAGAUGGUAAGACUAAAUGGAAUAACAAAUGAAAACGCCCUGUGUAAUGCCUGGGACACACUGAGUGCAGGUAGGGUCUGGCCUUUGUUAUAGUGCUGAGAGUGGGGGUUUGUGUUGUGUUGCUGACCUGUGUACAGGUAGGAUUGUAGUGAUGAAUCCCAAAGGAAUUUGUGUCUGCAUUUGGAAUUUGGCUGUCUUCCGCCUCUAGCAGAGGUUCUGGUCUCUCUGAUUUGAGCAGUGGAGCACCCCCCAUCCCUCCUACCCCUAGGCAAGUGCUAGCCUUCCUGGUGUCUGCUCAAGUAUGCUUCUGAGGGGAAGGUGCAGCCUACCCUGACCUGUGGAACCUGUUGUGUGCCUUCCUAAUCAGGGUAUCUUGAGGGAGAUAAAUGGAGGUGGUGGGGGUGGGCACAGAGGGCCUGGGGCCAGCCACCUUUAUCCACUAACACUUGGGAGACAGAGGCAGGUGGAUCUAUGUGAGUUCCAGUCUAGCUUGGUCUACAAAUCAAGUUCCAGGCCAGGAAAUGAAACUCUGUCUCAAAAGAGAGAAGGGGGUGGGGGGAAGAGACACAUGGUAGAUGUCACAGAACCCUUUUGGAGUGACUUGUUGACUAGCCUGGGCCAUCAUCGACAGACCCUUCCUUUCAUUCCAGCCUAUGUUUUUCAGCAUUGGUCACUGACAGCAGAAGCAACCCAUUUACUGGGUCUAUAACCUGAAAGAACAGAAGAUAAUGUUGCUGCUAUAACAAAUUGCCCCAGAUGUAAUGGUUUCAAAGCUUUAUUCACACUCAGUAUUUACUAAUCUUUUAAGUAGUUAACCCAACCAGUAGGACUGGAGAGAUGGCUCAGCAGUUAAGAGCCUUGGCUGUUCUGCCAGAGGACCCGGGUUCAAUUCCCAGCACCCACAUUAUUAUUCCUUCUUACUACUGCAUAAUAAAUCCAGCCUUCUGAGAAGAUGGCUUCCCAUAAACAGUGUAGAUCAUCUUAAAAUUCAUGUUUAGCAUCAAAACUUACUGUUAGCUAAGCCUAGCCUUGGUUUCACUUAUCUCCCUUCACCAUUUGUAGAGGGAGAUGUUCAUACUUCCAUUUUCAGCUUUCUGUAUCUUCCAUCGACACAUCACAGAAAGAGCUAUGUACAGAUCUGCUGUUAAAGCAUCAGGGUGUGGGGAUGGCAUUCUCUGAGGGUAUUCAGGGGUCAACUGUCUUCAGAUCUAAACUCACUUCUAAGUGAUUCCACUUUUUUUUUAAUAUGUAGGAAAAUGUUACUGUUUGGUAAAGAGCGCUCAGUCACUUGUUACACUAUUUUCUUUUUCACUAGAGUCCGUGUUUUCUCAAUAGUUUGUCCCUGUUUCUGCUCUCUUGGAAGGGACAAAUUUUAGAGGGCUGUGGAAUGAUUGCUAGCCCAGUGACCUUCUCUGCAAUGUCAUUUCAGCAUAGGAGAAUGGAGUUCCACGUCGGUCAGCACACACAAGCAUAUUCAGGAUGGCACUCUGCCUCAUCCUCUGAAUGUGGACCAUCAAAGUCGGGGGGAAAGGAUGCCUGUAGCACGAGGGAAAUCAAAAUCCAGGGCACCAGUGACUUUCGGGGACUUAGCCAUCUACUUCUCACAGGAGGAGUGGGAAUGGCUGAGUCCCAUUCAGAAGGAUUUGUACCAAGAUGUCAUGUUGGAGAACUAUCAGAAUCUGGUCUUGCUUGGUCUUGCCUGCCGGAGGCCAAAUAUCAUCACCUUGUUGGAGAAAGGGAAAGCACCAUGGAUGGUGGAGCCAUCCAGACGGCGCCGGGGCCCUGCCCUGAGUUUCAUAAUUUCCUGGCUUCUCUUCCUCCUGGAAUCAGGGUCUAAGUGUGAGACCAAGAAGUUACCACCAAAUCCGUGUAACAAAUCUGGGCAAAGUAUCCAUCAGAAACCAGUUUCUUCACAAGGAAAGGUCACCACAGGGAGGACAAAAUGUAACAAGAGUUCACUCCGGAGAAAACCCAAGAAAAGACAUUCAGGCAAGAAAUCUUUAAAGUGUGAUAAUUGUGGGAAAACCUUUUCUCGAAGUUUGUCUUUUAAACUUCAUCAAGACUUUCACACUGGAGAGAGGUCUUAUGGAUGCAGUAAUUGUAGACAAGUUUUCAGACAGAUCUUAUCCCUCAUUCUUCAUCAGAGAAUUCACAAUCGGAAGAAAAGCUAUGAAUGUGACAAAUGUGGGGAAAUUUUUAAUAAAAAAUUAACUCUGAUGAUACAUAGGAGAACUCACAAUGGAAAGGAAAAUUUGAACCAUGAGAAGGCCCCAGGUUCAUGCCCAUCUUUCAGUGUACACUCUAAUAAUCACAUUGUUGAGAGUAUCCACCAGUGCAGAAAAUGUGAGAAAGCCUUCAGCCGGAUGUCAUCCCUUUUACUUCAUAAGAGAAUUCACAAUAGAAAGAAAAUACAAUACAAUAAAUAUGGCAGAGGCUUCAAAAAGAAGACAUUCCUUGUGCAUAAGAGAAAUUGUAUUGGAAAGAAAACUCAUGAGACUAAGAAGGCCUUAAGUCAGGGUCUCAAGCAGAGAACUCACCAUUUAGAAAAUCCUUUUACAUGUAGGAAAUGUGGGAAGUCCUUCAGUAGGAUCUUAUCCUUAAUGCUUCAUCAGAGAAUUCACACUUCAGGGAAACCCUACAAAUGUGAUAAAUGCCAGAAAGACUUUAGACGGCUUUCGACCCUUAUUCUGCACCUAAGAACUCAUAAGGGGGAGAAGCAGUUUAAGUGCAAUAAAUGUGAGAAAGUGUGCAAUCGGUAUUCGUCCCUUAUUCAACACCAGAAAAUUCAUAAGAGAAAAAAGAAACUCAUUGAGUGCAAGGAAUGUGGAAAGAUGUUUUGUGGAAUGAAAAACCUUAAAGUACAUCUGAACAUUCAUUCAGAAGAGAAACCUUUCAAAUGCAAUAAAUGUAGUAAAGUUUUUGGCCGCCAGUCAUUUCUUAUUGAACAUCAAAGAAUUCAUACUGGAGAAAAGCCCUAUCAGUGUGAAGAAUGUGGGAAAGCCUUCAGUCACCGAAUAUCUCUUACCCGACAUAAGCGAAUUCACAGUGAAGAUAGACCUUAUGAAUGUGAUCAGUGUGGGAAAGCCUUCAGCCAGAGUGCUCACCUUGCACAGCAUGAAAGAAUUCACACUGGAGAGAAGCCCUAUGCAUGCAAAAUAUGUAAGAAAUCCUUUACUCAGCGCAUAUCCCUCAUUCUACAUGAAAGAAGUCAUACUGGGGAGAAACCCUAUGAAUGUAAUGAAUGUGGGAAGGCGUUUAGUAGUGGCUCGGACCUUAUACGACAUCAGAGAAGUCAUUCUUCAGAGAAACCGUAUGAAUGUAGCAAAUGUGGUAAGGCAUAUAGUCGGAGCUCAUCUCUGAUCCGACAUCAGAGCACACACUCGGAGGAAAAAUCCUGAAGUUGUUGCUAACUCUGCAAAAGCUAAAAAGGGUGUCAAAGAAGUGUGCAGAGGCAUGGAGAAUGUGUGUAAGUGUUCUUGACUUAUGAUGAUGUAUGUCCAUAGGUUGAAACAUUUAAAACAGAAAUAUAUUUAAUAUCCCUACCCUACCAAAUGUGAUCGUUUAGCAGCACAGUAUAAUGUGGAGUCCCAGUUGUUCACUCUCCUGAUUGCAUGGCUUCCUGAGGGCUAUGACCUGACCUGAUACUGCUGCCCAGCAUUUCGAGAGUUAUCUUACUGCUUACUGCUUAUCGUCAGCCUAGGGAAAGAUCAUAAUUCCUAGCCUCAUGGAUAUUGCUUCUGUACACUGUAAUGCUGAAAAAUCCUAAAUCAGAAAUCAUUCAUUGGAGGGAGGGAACUAUCUGCCUAUAAUGUGUUUUGUGUCUAUGGGGCCAUUUUAUGAUAUCCUCCCUUUGAAAGCCAAAGAGCAAAAGUAGCUGGUGGAUUUUGAACUGAAGAUCUGAAAUCAGCUGAGGUGUGCUCAGGAUAUUGGAUUAGGGGUUGUGAAUGAAGGUGUUUUUCAGUUCGCAUUUUAUUUCCAGUGCAGUUUUUAAGGAUAAUUCACUGGAUGCAUACAAGGAAAUGGAACUGCAAAGUCCAUUUUUUUUCUAGAUGGUGCUUUGAGCCUGAGUUGAGGUCCCAGGAAAAUGGAGUGUUGAGUCUGUUCUCAGAACUAGAACUCCUGUGUGUAAGGACCUAGCAGGCAAAACAAUAAACAGGGUGCCUCUUUCUCCUGACAGAAAUGUGUUGGAGUGAGAACAAAGAAGAGGUUGCUAAAGAUAGUAUUGACAGUGGUGUAGAGCAGUAGCCAAUAUCACACAGCCUCCAUGGAUGUGAAGAUACACUGUGAAAAUCUGUGUGACUAAGACAGGCUGGGGUGGGGUGGGAAGAAGAUACUGAACAAUGAGGAACUUCUGAGCAGGGAGAAGCUAUUUUUUACUUUUUUAUUUGAAAAAAGAGUCUAUAUUUAUAUAAAUAAACAGCAUUUUUAUGUAAUAAUGCUAAUUGGUGUACAAAAAGUAACUAUGUGUUUGUGUUUUUAUGGCCUGAAUAUUUGUGUCACCCUAACUCAUAUGUUGAAGCCCUAACCCCUCAGUGUGAUGGUACUUGGAAAUGAGAUUAAUGAAGUCAUGAUGCGGAUGGGCCUUUUUGAUAAGUUUAUUGAUCAGAGACACCAGAGGGCUUGAUCUCUUUCUGUACCAUGUGAGAACACAGGCAGUCAUCUGCAAAGCAAGAAAAAGCCCUUAUGAGAACCUGACCAGUGUGAUGCCCUGACCUUGGAUUUCCAGCCUAUGGAGGAACUAUGAGAACCUAAUUUCUCUUUAAGUCACCAGUCUGUGAUACUGUGUUAUAGCAGCUCGAGCUGAUUAAUACAUGGAAGAACUCCUAGGUUAAUGUAUUGGAUGUUUUCCUUUGAGCUGUCCAACCCAUUCAAUGUGUUUUUCUGUCCCUCUUUCCAGCUUGUGUAAGUUAUAUAAGAAAUAAAGUCCGAGUUCUUUUGUGUGA